CUGCUCAGUAUCGGCGAAUAUCCUGUAAAGUUUGCUCGCCUAUUUGACCCUUGGCUCGCGCCCAUCCUUGCAAUUUCUCCCGCAAAGCGCACUUAUCUCGGUACACGUAAGCUAGUGCCUUACCAUGCCCCCCAAGGACCAGGGAGCACUCGUGAAGCAAUUCCGAGAGGAGUUGACAAAGGAAGACCUUCUGCACGAAGGAGACUCCAUAGGUACCGAUGACCACACCUUACUACGAUUCUUGCGCGCGCGGCAGUACAACCUAAAGAAUGCCAAGACAAUGUGGAAGAACUGCUACGAGUGGAGGAAAAGCGUAGAAGGCGUUGGUAUAGACGAGCUUUACAGACGAACAGACCCAUUUGACUAUCCUGAGCGCAACCACGUCUUCCAGUUUUGGCCACUGUUCUUUCACAAAACGGACAAGAGAGGACGUCCACUCAACAUUCAUCAUUUUGGUCGCAUAAAUACUACCGAGCUGUACAAGGGUAUAUCGCCUGAACGCUUUUGGCAAGCAUUCCUGGCCAAUGCCGACUCGCUCACACGAGAGGUUCUUCCUGCCGCCACGGUCGCGGCUGGCAAGCCUAUAGAUGGGACAUUCGUGAUUGUCGAUUUGAAGGGCUUCAGUACAGGUCAAUUCUGGCAAAUGAAGAACCUUGCAAGAGACGCCUUCCAAAUCUCGCAAGACUACUUCCCUGAGGCUAUGUCCCAGCUCGCAAUUGUGAACGCACCCUCGUCCUUCACAGUCAUCUGGGCCGUCAUGCGCCCCUGGCUCGCAAAGGAGACUGUAGAAAAAGUCUCUGUCCUUGGCUCUAAUUACCAAAAAGCUCUCCUCGAGCUCGUCGACGCUGAGAACUUGCCGGAGACCCUCGGCGGUACGUGUACCUGCGAGGAUUGCACAAACGUCGAGCCCGAUCACGGCGCAGGUGGUGUCGCCGAGAUGGGUCGUUGUGCAUUCAGCAGCGCUGGCCCGUGGAUGAUCGGACGCGACGAGCGGAAGGCAGCUUGGCUGAAGGGUGAGCGGCGGGACAUGGGAUUACAGCCCGGCGAGAUCGAGAAAUUCACGAAAGGGGCAAACGCAACGGUCGCGGCCACAGAUGCUGGGAAGCCUGCACAGCCUGCGCAAGACAAGAAGGCGGAGAGCGAAGCCACGACGCCCAAGGCCGAAGAGCGACCGUCUGCAGCUAUCGCGGAGGACUCGCGGGAGGGCGAGGAGUGCUUCGAGGAUGCCAAGUCCAAUCUCGGUGAAGCGUCUGCGGAGGAGAGCUCAGAGGAUGCCUCCCCCGGACCGUCGACACCUGGGGUGGAGUCCGCACGGCAGCAACUUGACCAGGCUCAGAUCAAAUCCAACGACGAUGAGCCGCCGCGCCGGCUCUCGCAUGAGGAGGCUGCGCGCAUGAUGGAACAGAAGCACGCGGAUACGCGCCAGAUGCAGACCGGUGACUUGCUUGCUGAGGUAUGAUGAUGAUGUGUUGCGGUGGUUCUCCUGCUCUUUCUUGUGCGGUUACUCAACUCCUAAAUUAGUGUAAUGUUUCCAUGUAAGUUCAGUAUCGUUGUAAUUAUAUGUGUGUGUAGCAAGUGUGUAGUCUCCAGGUUGCAAAAUU